GACGAUGCCGCAGCCAUUUUUGGUCCGCCAUUCGAUAAUCUCACACGACUUCGUCUACACGCUUGGUGUCUUUUUUCCAAGCAGACAUUCUGUUAAUAACUUUGUGCUGUACACGUUAGGUAAAUAUACAAGCUGUUAUAUUUAAAUAAAUAAAACUGCCAAUUUGUUUGCAGUAUUGGUGCCACGGGUCCGAUUCGUGAACAUCUCUAGAUUUCAAUCAUAAUAACUUGGUCGAAUUCUACGAUAAAUACCUUAAGUAUUGCGUCGUGUUUCGUUAUUUCGUUACAAUUGUGUUUUGUCUUGCAUGUCAAUAAUUUUUUAUAAGUUUUAUUAGCAGCGCUGGAAGGUGGUUUAUGGUUCUACGUUGUAGUUUUGAAACGGUAAAAUAUGUUGAAUAUUAAACCUGAAAAUGACGAUGCAGAAGAAUACUCCGUUGAACCAAAACCGUUUGAUGUGCUGUUCAAAAACAAUGAAAUAACUAUAGUAGAGGAUUAUUUGGUAAAGAAUGAAGUGGAUGAUACUUAUGAAGUUUUGAAGCGGUUUAAUAUAUUGAAAAUUAAACCUGAAAAUGAUGAAACAGAAGAAGAGUUGUUGGAAAAAUCGUUUGAAGUCAAUGAAACUAAACCGUUUGAUAUGCAGUUCAUAAACAAUGAAAUUUCUACAACAAAUAAGUGUUUAGUAAAGAAUGAAGUCGACAAUAAUUAUGAUAUUUAUUUUUCGUGUAAAGCGACAGAUAUCUCAAAUAAUACAAAGACAAUGGAUUGUAGUUUUAACGAAACUAUAGAUAAUCAUUCUCAGAAAGAUAUAUACAAAAUACGUCGGUUCGACUGCAAUAUGUGUCAAAGGAGGUUUACAACCAAAAGUAAUAUAAUCCGGCAUAUUGCGAAAUCGCAUUCCAGUACUUCCAUUGAAAAGAAAACACCUCAAAAAAAUAAAGUCAAUCAUCGUAACAGCAAAAUCAAAGGAAAUACUCGAAACAAAGAUGGCCUAUUUAAUUGUGGUAUUUGUUUGAAAACGUUUUCAUUAAAAUCAAGCCUGAGAAGACAUUGGCGCGUUCAUACCGUGGAGAAACCCUUUAAAUGCGAUAUCUGUGAAAAAACAUUUGGUAGACAACAUCACCUCAAGAUUCAUGAACGCAUACAUACUGGUGAGAAACCGUUUAAAUGCGAUGUCUGUAAAAAAACGUUUGGUAGACAACAUCACCUCAAAGCUCAUGAACGCAUACAUACUGGUGAAAACCCGUUUAAAUGCGAUGUCUGUGAAAAAAAAUUCGGUCAACAAUCUGAUCUCAAGAAACAUGCUCGUAUACAUACCGGUGAGAAACCUUACAAAUGCGAUAUCUGUCAAAAAACAUUCAAUCAACAUUCUAAUCUCAAGAAACAUGUACGUAUACAUAACGGCGAGAAACCUUUUAAAUGCGAUAUCUGUAAAAAGUCUUUUUGUGACCAAUUCAACCUAAAAACUCACGAAAGAACACAUACCGGGGAGAAACCUUAUAAAUGCGUUGUCUGUGAAAAAACAUUCGGUCAACAAUCUGAUCUCAAGAAUCAUGCACGUGUACAUACCGGCGAGAAACCGUUUAAUUGUGGUAUUUGUUUAAGAACUUUUUCAUUCAAAUCAAGGCUGAGACGACAUUGGCGCGUUCAUACUGGGGAGAAACCCUUUAAAUGCGAUAUCUGUGAAAAAACAUUUGGUAGACAACAUCACCUCAAGAUUCAUGAACGCAUACAUACUGGUGAGAAACCGUUUAAAUGCGUUGUCUGUGAAAAAACAUUCGGUCAACAAUCUGAUCUCAAGAAACAUGCACGUGUACAUACCGGCGAGAAACCGUUUAAAAGCGAUGUCUGUGAAAAAACAUUCAGUCAAAAGUUCUCUCUCAUAAUUCAUGAACGCAUACAUAUUGGUGGGGUGCGAUACAAAUGCUCAGCCUGUGACAAAUCAUAUGGUCGCCAAGAUACUCUCAAAAGGCAUCAAGCAAAAGCACACGGCUCAUAGAUUCAUAAACCUUACGUGACUAUAAGGCAGUUUUUCAAAAUCGAUUUGUUAUUGUUUUGCAAUUUUUUUUACUUACGAUUUAUUACAGAUUUAGUAUACUUUUAUUAGUUUUCUUAUAAUAUUUAAUUUAUUACUAUCGUUUAACAGAUCAAUAACAUAAGUAUUAGUAUUUAAUUUAUUUUUUCGACGGAUCGCAUGAAUUAUUUAGUAUUUAUAUUUUUAUAAUGUAUUUUU